AGCGGUCUCAGCGGUUGGCUCAACACGCCUUUGACCAGCAACCGCCAUGACUUUGUUGCGGAGCCUCCGCCUGACUCGGCCUACCCUGUGCCGCUUCGCGGCGCAGGUGCCCAAGACUGUAGAGCCGAGCGGGGUGACACCCACGUAUCCGGCUGUCUAUGGCCGCUGUGAGGAGACCGUGAUGUCACCCUACAAAGGUGGCCCAGUGUAUUUGUGGUUGCGCUCCAGCAUUGUGUGGUUACGCAGAUUCCCCGGGCGCCACUGGAUCCGUUGGCUGUACUUCAAUUGGGACUACCAGAAGAUGUGCUUGAUUGGCAUGCCUGAAAUGCACAUUGAUCCAACCAAGAACCGCUGGAGGUACUACAUUGACACAAGCUAUUACGGUGGCAUGCUGGACAAGUCCCACGAGGACUUCAAUCGUUACAUCAUGCUUUACCCCGCCAUUGCCUUCUUCCUUCACUGCACUUGGUGCCGUAUCAAGGACAAUGACAAAGACAACUUUCUGGCCAAGUGGCGUGUUCCAGCGGAGGAGGCCUAAGUCCAGAGCACGAGAACAUGAGGCUCAAAUUGUGGACAUGAGCUGUGCAAGUACUGAGGCCUUUGGAUUUUUGUUAGCUUGGGUGCGGUGAGAUGUAUGGUGCUCGAGCAAGGGAAGAAAAGGCCCCAGCCAACAUUUUACUUACGGAUAUGUAUAUCAUCUGACGAUCUAUAAUCAUGGUGGCAAAUUCUGGAUGCAAUCACCGCAAUGUUUGUUUUGAGCGGAGGCUUCAUCAACUUGUCAGGCAGAUGACUGAAGCCGAACUUGCCUUCAUUGCACCUGCCUGUCCCUGUCGUUAAAUGGCCAAGGUCGGAUGAAGACGCAGAGCAUGAAGAACAAGUUGUCAAUCUGGAGCCUGGAGCCGAGAGUGGUCUCCGCGCAAAAAGUGGUAACAUGGCACAUGACUCAACAUUCAUCCAGCAUACAGGUCAUGCUCAAGCCAGAAAGCAUUGUCGGC